AUGCUCCAUUUCCGUUGCCUGUGCUUGAUUAUCGCUGCGAUAUUAGCGAUAUUUUAUCCAAUAUCGGUAAUUGGAAAUCGACCAAUGUUGGACCAAUUCAAGAAAUACGAUGUGAUCAAUUAUGAUGCUGAAGAAUUUGCUGAACAUCAUGAAAGAUCACGCCGUAGUCCAUCCGCUCAUACCAUGUUAGAAUUUCACGCAUAUCACAGACAUUUCCAAUUACGACUUAAACGGGAUACAAGUUUAUACACCGAUGAUUUUAUGAUCGAAUCCGGUAAUGGCCAACCGGUCGAAUUUGACAUGCAUAAUAUCGUUUCUGGACACUUGGUUGACGAUGCAAAAUCACUUGUGCAUGGGACGAUAGUCGAUGGCAUCUUUCAAGGUAAAAUUUAUACCGGAGAAGAACAUCCUGAACAAUAUUAUAUCGAACCAUCGACUCGUUAUUUCUCCAAAGACCAGCCUUUCCAUUCCAUUGUCUAUCGACGAUCGGAUGUUCGAGUCAAGAAAAGCUAUCAAGUGGGUACAUGUGGUUUAGAUGACAAGGAAAAUAUUCGUAUGAGUGAUAUAUUACAAAGUUGGGAACAUUAUGGACAAGCUUUAGAUACCAAAAGAAUUCCAUCGAUGUUUCAAAAUCAACCAUCUCAUUCUAAGAGGAAUAAACGAGCACCACCAACUAGAAAUACUUGUCAGCUCUUGGUACAAGCAGAUCAUACCUUUACCACCUAUAUGGGUAGUAAAGAACAGGCUAUCGCUGCUUUAAAUGGUUAUCUUCAGGCAGUCAACAAAAUUUACGAAGUAAUUGAUUUUGAUGGCGAUUCAUCAGCUGAUGGUAUCGGAUUUAUCGUUCGUAGGAUGAAAAUUAAUACAACAAGUGAUGCCAGCCAGCCUAAUAACCCAUUUGCUCCAAGUAAUAUCGGUGUAUCAAGCUAUUUGGAUAUUACUUCUACUGCUAAUCAUGAUCCCUACUGCUUAGCUUACACCUUUGCUGAUCGUGAUUUCGAUAAUGGCGUCCUGGGUUUAGCUUGGGUUGGUAGUGCAACGGGUAAUGCUGGUAUUUGUGCUAAGAAUAGCGCCUAUAAGGGGCAAAAAAUGUCUUUAAAUGCUGGUAUUGUGACUAUUUUAAACUAUGGCACAAGGGUUAGUACAGCCGUGACAGAAGUUACAUUUGCCCAUGAGCUAGGCCAUAAUUUUGGGUCGCAACAUGAUCCUACGACUAAUACACAAUGUGCGCCUGGCUCGCCUCAAGGCAAUUAUAUUAUGUAUCCACAAGCAACUACAGGCCGAGAUCCUAACAACAAGCAAUUUUCAAGUUGUAGUAAAAACUAUAUGCAACCUGUCAUUAAUGCUAAAGGAAUUAGUAGCAGUGGUUGUUUUGUAAAUCGAGCUACUUCUAUAUGUGGCAAUGGGGUCGUUGAAGGCAAUGAACAGUGUGAUUGUGGUUAUCGAUCGGAUUGCCAAGAUAACUGUUGCAAUGCUCCUUAUGAUAAUCCAUCUCAAGAGCCUGCUGGUUAUCAAGCAUGUACCCUUAAAGCAGGCUCUGUUUGUGGCCAAAGCUCUGGCAUUUGUUGCAAUCCUACAAAUUGCCGAUACUAUGAAUCAAGUGAUAAUCAGUUAUGCACAGUAUCGACUGAAUGCAGCCAAAAUGCUUACUGCAAUGGUAGCCGCUAUCAGGAUAAAUGUCCAACACCGGCAUCGAAACCAGAUGGAACAUCAUGUCGUAAGGGGAGUAAUGUAUGUAGCAAUGGUGAUUGUGAUGGAUCGAUAUGUUUAGCUGCUGAUUUAGCCAGUUGUGCUUGUACUACUCAAGCCGAUUAUUGUAAUACAUGUUGUAAAUCUGGUAAUACUUGUGUUUCAAGUAAGACGAUUAGUGCAUUAGCCAAUUUUAGCGUUCAACAAGCACCUGGCUCUUCCUGUAACAACUUCCAAGGCUAUUGCGAUGUAUUUGGUAAAUGCCGUGCUGUUAAUGAAAAUGGACCGCUAACGAAAUUAACCAAUUUAUUAUUCUCGGCAGAAGGUAUAAGAAAUAUGUUGGAUUGGAUGAAACAAUAUCCAUGGGCGGUUGCACUAAUUAUUGCUGGUUUUAUAAUCUUGAUGGCCUUAUUUGUCAAGUUAUGCAGCCGAGCUACACCAAGUGAUAAUCCAAAAUUUAGCUCAAGGGUAUCAACACCGCGACGAGUUGAUGUUGCUCCAACUGGUCAUAGUCAAGAAAUGUCUGAUCAUCAUUAUUAUGAGCAAGAGGAUCGUUACGAUUAUAAUAAAAGGCGAUAUUAA